GCUCCCUCCCCUGGCCCCGCCCACAGGCGGGUCCCCUCAGGGCGGGCGGUGUGAACUCGGCCGGGGUUGCGGCAGGUUGUGUGCGCACCGGGCGCUCGGUUGUAUUCGCUCGUCGUCUGAUACAGCCCGCCAAGCGAUGGGUACAGGAGCUCCCCCGGCCAGAGUGGGGGACAGGGGCCGUGAGGGCUCGUCGCCAGGGAGCCCGUGUGGGUGACAGCGCUGCUGGGCGGGCGGUUAGUGGCGCUGUGGUCCCGGCCUUUCGUACUCUGCAGCCCGCAGAGGGCAGCGGAACCGGCCCCGCGGUGAGUGCUGUGCGCUGAAGUGCGACAAAAGCUUCGGAUGGGCAGAAUACGCUUUCCUGUUGUUCUGAAGUGUCCCCUCACUGGAGUACAGCACAAAGCUUGCCCUGUUUGUGCCAGGAGCUGAACUGUUUCUGUGCUCAUGUCAGAGAGGAGGAAAUGAGGCACUGAGAAAUGACCAUCCGUUGGCACCUGCUCUGGAACAGGACCCAUUUCUUCUUGUGUUUGCAGCUCUGUGUUAAGGGAGGACUGGAAGUGCACUGUGCCUGCAGCAGCGCUGGGAAGCAGACUGUUACAUCCUGACUGAAUCUUUGCAUCUCUCUGCAGACCCACACUCGGCUCCGGCCCGGCGGAUCCCAGAGAUGGCGAAGAACACCAGAGGCACCGUGACAGCCUUCUCUCCUUUUGAUGCCAGAGCUGAUGCAGAAGCCCUUCGCAAGGCAAUGAAGGGAAUGGGGACUGACGAAGAAACUGUAAUGAAGAUCCUUACCAGCAGAAACAAUGCUCAGCGUCAAGAAAUUGCAUCUGCCUUUAAAACCUUAUUUGGCAGGGAUCUUGUAGAUGACCUGAAAUCAGAACUUACUGGCAAAUUUGAAACGUUGAUGGUAUCUUUGAUGAGACCAGCAUAUAUUUUUGAUGCUCAUGCACUGAAGCAUGCCAUCAAGGGAGCAGGAACCAAUGAGAAAGUGUUGACUGAAAUUCUUGCCUCCAGAACACCCGCGGAAGUGCGGCAGAUUAAACAGGUUUAUCUGCAAGAAUAUGAGGCCAACUUGGAGGAUAAGAUAACAGGAGAAACGUCAGGCCAUUUUCAGAGACUGCUGGUGGUCCUGCUGCAGGCAAAUAGAGAUCCUGAUGGCAGAGUUGACGAGGGUCUUGUUGAGCAGGAUGCUCAGGUUUUGUUUAGAGCUGGGGAGCUGAAAUGGGGAACAGAUGAAGAAAAAUUCAUCACCAUCUUGGGAACCCGAAGCGUUUCCCAUUUAAGGAGGGUGUUUGACAAAUACAUGACUAUUUCCGGCUUUCAAAUUGAAGAGACCAUUGACCGUGAAACGUCUGGUGAUUUGGAGAAGCUGCUUUUGGCAGUUGUGAAAUGCAUCCGAAGCGUGCCUGCCUAUUUUGCCGAGACUCUGUAUUAUUCCAUGAAGGGGGCUGGCACUGAUGAUGAUACUCUGAUCAGAGUCAUGGUUUCAAGAAGUGAAAUUGAUCUGCUGGAUAUUAGACAAGAACUCAGAAAGAAUUUUGCAAAAUCAUUGCACCAAAUGAUUCAGAAAGAUACAUCUGGGGACUACAGGAAAGCACUGCUGCUCCUCUGUGGUGGAGAUGAUGCGUAAUGGCGACGGUGACAUGAAGGAUUUGUUGUACUCCAGCUUUGCAGCCAUUUAGUUAGCAUGUCUAGCUAAGUUUUUGUAUCUUAACGCUUUGUGGCUGUUUGAAUUUAUACUAGUAUUGCAUUUAUUAAAAAUGAGCAUAUUGUUAUCCAAGCGAUAGCUGGUCCCUGCCUGUUCUUCCUGACAUUCCAACCUCCAGGAAUUUCAAGUGCCUUCUGUAAGUAUGCAAGAGUCCCCUGCAUAGAAGGGUGCUGAGCACAGAACCCGCUUCUUUGCAAGUGUUUUGCUGAAAUAGGAAAAAAUAAUCAUGUAUUACACUAAUUUGAAGAUUUUUUUUUUGCUGUUAUUCCUUACAUUUCCACUGAAUGUUAAGCUAGUUCUAACAUUGCAAAUGAAGAAAAUAUAUCUUUGUAGGUAAUAUUUGAAUUAAUUUGCUGAACAUAAUACAAGCUAUCAUUGGAAAUCUAAAGGACCAAUAAAUUUUUUCCCUCUGA